UGGCGGCAGACGCGCCGCGAUGGUGGGCCGCGACAGCCGCUCGGAGAGCGCGGCGCGCCCCUGGGCGCCGCGGCAUGAGUAGCGCGCUCGCCCGGCCCGGCCCGCGCGCCCGCCAUGGCGCAGGCCGCGCCCGCGCCCCAACACACCCACUCCUUCGCGAAGAAGACCUUCCACAAGCCCACCUACUGCCACCACUGCUCCGACCUGCUGUGGGGCCUCAUCGGGCAGGGCUACGGCUGCGAAGUGUGCAACUUCAUAGUGCACGAGCGAUGCGUGGGGCAGGUGGUAACGCCGUGCUGCGGGGUGGCGCCGAGCCUUAUCAAGAAUCCAGUGGCCCACUGUUGGUCGGAGCCCGCGCACCACAAACGCAAGUUCUGCACGGUGUGUCGGAAAAGGCUCGAUGAGUUACCCGCCUUACACUGCAUGAUAUGCGAAUACUAUGUCCACGGAGAAUGCGUGGACUUCGCGGCGGCGGACUGCAGAGAGAACGCGACGUAUUGCGCCGGCAGCGAGCCGCGGCACGUGCACCACUGGCGCGAGGGGAACCUGCCCGCCAACUCCAAGUGCGCGGCGUGCCGGCGCGCGUGCUGGUCGGCCGAGUGCCUCACCGGCUACCGCUGCGAGUGGUGCGGCAGCACGUGUCACGCCGGUUGCCGCGCUCUUAUCCCGGAAGAAUGCAACUUCGGCAUGCUACAACCGAUCUUCCUGCCUCCAUCGGCGGUGUCGAUCCCGCGCACGGAGGUGCCCAUGGAGGCCAUCAUCGGGGUGCACGUCAGGCCUCCGCCCUCGCAACGGGACUUCGGCUGCCCGCGGGAGCCUCGCGGCGGCGGCUGGCCCGGGGCGCGGCUGGUGACGCUGGCGCGCAGGCUGCUGCCGGCCGCCUGCAGCCCGCACGGCGGCGCCUCCCCGCCCUACUCCAGAGCUCGAAGCGUCAGCGAAGAGUUCAGCUCGGGCUGCGAGGGCCGCUCGGGCUCCGGGGGCGGCUCCACCGGCGCGCCCGCGGACCAGGACCACCGGCCUGACCACAAGCAGCACAGGGACCGCACGCCCGACGACCGGGACGAAGAAGUCGUGAAAGUAUACGACGGCGAGGCGGCGUGGUCGCGUCGCCUGUACCGGCCGGUGGUAGUUGGGCGGAACUGGAACGAGAAGGAGCUGGUGUCGGCUGCCCUGCGAGCCUUCCACGUGGCCCGGGAACCGGAACAGUUCGAGCUCACCGACGCUUUGGCUGGCGACGAACCGCCAUUAAAAGAUCCGACGCCUCUUGCCAGGGUCACCCGCUUGCCCAACAAGAGACCUGCACUGUUCCUGCGCUUCAAGGAGCCAGAAACCGGUAGCGGCGAAGUCCGGGUGUACCCUGGCCGAGUGGCGGGCGCAGGGGAAACCUUCGUGACGGUUUCCUGCUGCGGUGACGACGCCGUCUCCAACCUCAUGUCUGCGGCGUUAGAACGCUUCGGCCUCGAUCCCACGCGGGCGAUCCACGACUACCGGUGUUCAGAGAUCUUAUUAGAUCGUGGUGCAGUAUCCGAGCGCGUGUUAGAAGAAGACGAACGUCCGUGGCGCAUCGUCGUGCGGCUGGCCCGGGAGUCUGUACGGCGCAUGGAGUUGGCCAGGUUCUACCUGCAGCCGAGGCGGGACCCUCACGGGCCCACGUUAGCCCUGUUCGUGGCGUCCCUGCCGCCGGGGCUCUCGGAGAGGAACUAUGAGAAUAUAUUGGUCGAGUUCCUUGGUGCCGAGAAUAAAUUCACCUCAAUCGGCCCAAUCUACUACGAGUACGGGUCGAUGGUGAUCACUUAUGAGGACGCCAGUAAGGCGGUCCGCGCGCUUUAUGCGCUUAGAGAGGCCAAAUAUGAAGAUAAGCAUUUAUUAGUGAUGUUACUACCUAGUAUCGAGCCCUCGAUGGUGCCGGCCGGCGUGAAGCCCCUCCUGGUCUUCGUCAACGUCAAGUCUGGCGGCUGUCAGGGGCUCGAGCUCAUCUCCUCCUUCCGAAAACUCCUUAACCCCUACCAGGUGUUCGACCUCGAGAAUGGAGGGCCUUUGCCUGGGCUAUACGUGUUCCGACACAUUCCUAACUACAAGAUCCUGGUGUGCGGCGGCGACGGCACCAUCGGCUGGGUGCUGCAGUGCCUCGACAACGUGGGCCAGGACUCGCAGUGCUCCAACCCACCUUGUGCCAUCGUACCUUUAGGGACCGGCAACGACUUGGCCCGCGUCCUCCGCUGGGGCUCCGGCUACACGGGCUGCGAGGACCCGCUGUCGCUGCUGCGCGACGUCAUCGACGCGGAAGAGAUCCGCCUGGACCGCUGGACGGUCGUCUUCCAUCCCGAGGACAAGCAGGACGAGCCCAAGGAGCUCUCCAAGCAGUUGCCCGGAUCGCAAAGCGAGGACAACUCCCAGAUCCUGGUGAUGAACAACUAUUUCGGGAUCGGCAUCGAUGCGGACCUCUGUCUAGACUUCCAUAACGCGAGGGAGGAGAACCCUAAUAAGUUUAAUAGCAGGUUACGUAAUAAAGGCGUGUACGUGAAGAUGGGUUUACGCAAGAUGGUAGGCCGCAAGAUGUGCAAGGACCUGCACAAAGCGGUCAAGCUGGAGGUGGAUGGAAAGCCUGUGGAGCUGCCCGCCGUUGAAGGAAUUAUUAUUUUAAACAUACUCAGUUGGGGGUCAGGAGCGAACCCGUGGGGCCCGGAGAAGGACGACCAGUUCAACAAGCCGAACCACUGGGACGGCAUGCUGGAGGUGGUCGGCGUCACCGGCGUGGUCCAUCUGGGGCAGAUCCAGUCGGGACUGCGAGGCGCUAUGCGGAUAGCACAGGGAGGCCACAUCAAGAUCAACCUGAAGAGCGAGAUCCCGGUGCAGGUGGACGGCGAGCCGUGGGUGGCGGCGCCCAGCGAGGUGGUGGUGCUCAAGUCUGCUCUCAAGGCCACCAUGCUGAAGAAGCGCGGCAAGCUGCGGCGCCGCGACACCGAGCCCGGCCCGCCGCCGCGCCCGCCGCCGCCCCCCCCGCCCGAGGACUCCUGAAUCUGGCUCAGCGAGCGCCUCAUCUAGCGCCGCGCCCGGGGCUCAGGGCCGGCGCGCGACACGCUCGCUGCAUUUACAUAGUAGUCAUUCGUAGAUGUUUAAUUCAUACAUAUUGUAAAACAUUCAUGUAAAUAAAUUAUAAAAAAUAACAUAUAUAAAAAAAAAAUAAAACUUUAUAGUCAUUAGUCGUUGUUUUAUUUUUAGUGAUACAAUUAUUAUUUG